AUGGCAGUGUGGCACCAUAAACAUCCCGAGGGCCACGCCGCAGUGCAUCCCGUCCCAAAAGGUGUCGCCGAGGGCAGCGUGCUCGCCAAGUCUGCGGUGCCGCGCACGGUCACGGACAGCUGUCCAGUCCAGGGCAGAGACACACACAGACCGCGCGCGAACGCAGGGCGCACCUGCACCCACCCUGGCUCCGGAGGCUGCCGCGCGGGCCCCACAGGAUCUCCUCGACCCCCGCGCCGCGUGCCGCGUCGUGGCGACGGUUAUACACACUGCCCAGCGACGGCGCCCACACCCUCUCUCCCCACCCUCCACGCCCAAAUCGGCACCGAAUCCGGCGCCGCCGCCGCCGCAUCCCUCCGUCGGCGGCACGCACGCACGCGGGCGGCGCUCACCGGCCAACUAGCAGGUUGUUCGUUCACGGGAGCCGCCGCCAUGCAGGAAGCUCCCCUCGUCCCGGCCCACCCCGUGCCCUUCGGCUUCUGGCCCAGACCGGUCUGCUUCUUCUACGCCGGCUGCACCCCCUUCGUCCCGUGCCCCAGCCCGUCGCCGCUCGGCAGCCCCGUCGUCCCGAUCCCCACGCCGUCGCCGCGCGGCACCACCUUCGUCCCGAUCCCCGGGCCGUCGCCGCUCGGCAGCCCCUUCAUCGCGAACCCCGGGCCGUCGCCGCGCGCCACCACCUUCGCCCCGAGCCCCAGGCCGUCGCCGCGCGCCACCCCCGUCACCCCCUGCACCAGGACGUCGUCGCGCGGCAGCCCCUUCACACCGAGCCCCAGGGCGCAGCCGGGCGGCACCCCCUGGUCCUCCUCCUCCUCCUCCGGCUCCCGCGUCGACGAUGCGGCGGCCACGGAGCACCGCCUGCGCCUGGCCCGCCUGGCGCUCCAGUACCAGGACGCCACGAACCGCUACGAGCUCUGCCUCAGCCACCUCGCCGACGCAGCGCGCGAGGCCGCCGCGCUCCGCCUCGAGAACUCCGAGCUCCGCGUCGCCAACAACGACCUCGCCGGCCGCUUCGCCAUGCUCGGCGGCAACCAGGCCUCCGCCGUCGCGCUGGCCGGGCAGCUCCGCGGAGUCCACCUCGGGCAGAUGCAGGUGCAGGUGCCAGCCGUGGCGUCUCCACCGGUGCUGCCCAUGCCCAUGGCGCGCCCGCGCCCCGCUUCCCCGGCCGAGAAACACACGGUGAUGCCCAAGAGCAUCUCCAUCCGCUCGACGGGCUACCUGAAGAUGGCCAAGGACGGCAAGCAUCGCGUCACGAAGCCCAUGGACGUCGGCUCGCAGCGCAUGUUCGUGGGCGUGGACGUGGGCGGCGCCAAGGCGGAGGAGCACAAGGGCGGGACCGACGGCGGGGAGAAGCGCGCCCACGUCGUCAAGUCUGCCGCUGGGCUGGAGUUCGAGGUGUACAGCCAGGGUAUGUACAAGACGGAGCUGUGCAACAAGUGGGAGGAGACCGGGGCGUGCCUGUACGGCGACCAGUGCCAGUUCGCGCACGGCAUCGCCGAGCUCCGCCCCAUCAUCCGCCACCCGCGCUACAAGACCCAGGUCUGCCGCAUGGUCAUCGGCGGCGGCCUCUGCCCCUACGGCCACCGCUGCCACUUCCGCCACUCCAUCACCCCCGCCGACAACAUCCCCCUCCUCUACCCCUGAUCACUACGCCUGGUCACUAUUCGCGUCACUCCCUCACUCCUUCCUCCCCCCUCGUAAACAAACCAAAAAUACCAAAAUGGGAGACCCAAUUAAGGCAAAAUUUUAUUUAGAUGCACAGAGCAAAUGACACUUGAGUCAAGAGAGUUAGGACAUGCAGGCAAAAAUGUGAAUAUUUGAGCUGCUUUUCGUUGGGUUACUUUAAAUGGGGGUUGAUCUGGGAUUCUGGAUCAUGGUUUGUUAUGUAGCCAUUGGUUUCGGUUACAUGAUCUCUUUUUCUUAUUUGUAUUUCAAGAGGAAUUUAUCGACGUAGCCUUGUCACCAAAUCUGUUAGUAUUUGAGUACACCAUUGGUGUUAUUUUGGUACUGUCUUGUAGAAGGAAGAUCAGGCUACUUGAGAUUUCAGUUGGUAUUGCUUUUCUGGACAAUUGGAGAAAUGAGUUACUCCUAUAUGAAUUGUAAAGGAUGUCAAGCAUAUAUGCCAAUGAUAUGAUUUGCCUCUA